UGUAAACAUUGACCAAAUUCUGAGCAAAUUUUUAUCAUUUUCACCGAAUUUCCUCCCAUUUUGAUCAACUUCAACUGGUUAAAUUUAGACAAAAGUGACCAAGGAAUCAGGAUAUUGCAAAAAAGGGUCGUGAAUUUUACUUAAAAUGUCGUCAGACGAGAAAGAAAAGGAAACUGCAUCCACUGUAGAGGCAAUGGAGGAAGAAAAAGAUGAAAAACCUGAAGUACCGAAGGAGGAAAAGUCAGAAGAGCCAGAAAAAGUAGAACCGAAAGAGGAACCAGAAACAUCCGAAGAAGCGAAAAAGGACGAAAAACCACUUUCCGAAGAUUUAGCGACAACAACCACCAAGGAAGAGCCAGAAAUUAAAACAGAAGACCCAAAAGAAGAGGAAAAGAUGGAAACUGAUGGUGUCGAUGCCGUUGACGGAGACGAUAAAAAAGAGUCUGAUGACGAUGUUGAUACCAAGCCCAGUCAAGAGACGACCGAAGCAGAAGCGGAAGCCGAAAACAGUGAAUCAGAUAACGAAGAAGAAGAAACCGAUCUAAAGAAUCUUUAUCCGGAAAAUUAUCAAGCAGCCUCAAGUUCUCGUCGAUUGAGAAUUAAUUUCCGUCCUGUUAGCGAUAAUGACAAUGAAAACGAGGGCGAAAAUGAAAAUGAGAGCGAUAACGAGUACAAAUCCGACGAUAAUGAGAUCAAAAAGACAAUUAUGGUCGGCACCGAUUACCAAGCACAAAUCCCCGAGGAGUUUUCCAAGUACGACGACGCACUGCCAUACGAGAACAAAGACAAACUAGUGUGGGACGGCUGUGAUAAGUUAUCAGAAGACGAAAUUCUGGAUUAUUUGCGGAAAGUUCGCGUCAUCAGUCAUUCCGCAGCAACUGCCGGCUCCGAUUCGUCCGUUACCGCCCAACUUUUGGCAAUUCCCACGGGAAAACACUUGAGAGAUGACGAACAGGCACUUUUUCUGUUGCAACAAUGCGGUCACGAUAGGGAAGAAGCACUGCGACGACGGAAAAUUGCCGCUGCGGCGCCACCGGAAGAGGUCAUGAGUGCCUGGUCCGAGGAAGAAUGUCGAAAUUUCGAGACUGGACUCAGGCUUUACGGGAAAAAUUUUCAUCAAAUUCAACUGGCAAAGGUGAAAACGCGAUCUGUCGGGGAAAUUGUCCAAUUUUACUACCUCUGGAAGAAGUCGGAGCGACACGAUGUCUUUGCGAGCAAAGCAAGGCUUGACAAGAAGAAAUAUAGUCUCAAUCCGGGACAGUGUAUCAUGGAUCGGUUUUUGGAGGAGCAAGAUGGCACAAGUGGAAAUUCGGCGGCAGCAGCUGCGGCAGCGGCAUCCUCGCAAAAUAAUCAGGACGGAAAUGAGGUGCAGCAAUCCAUACCGCGAAAUUUAUCGAUGCCCAUGUGUGUCUGAGGCUUAAGGUCACUUCCGAAAUUUUUGUAGUUCAUGGGAUACAAAAACCGCAAUCUUAACGUUUUAGGCUAAAAAAAAAAGUAUGUUUAAGUUAUGAAUUAGAAACCGAAUAAUUUUAAGGUGAAUUUUUAUAUUUGUCGCUUUGUAUGGAGAAA